UGGAGGAAUGGAGCAAGGUCUUUUGGACCAGGAGAAUUUCUCCUGUUCGAUCUGCCUGGAUCUACUGAGUAAUCCAGUGACUACGUCCUGUGGACACAGCUAUUGUUUCACCUGCAUUAAGACUCACUGGGAUGAAGAGGAUCAGAGAGGAAUCCACAGCUGCCCUCAGUGCAGAAGGACUUUUAAACCAAGACCCGACCUGUGUAAAAAUACCAUCCUAGCAGCUUCAGUGGAGCAGCUGAGGAAGACUGGACUCCAAGCUGCUCCUGCUGAUCACCGUUAUACUGGACAUGAAGAUGUGACCUGUGAUUUAUGCACUGGAAAAAAAAUUAAAGCCAUCAAGUCCUGUUUAGUCUGUCUGGCCUCUUACUGUGAGAAACACCUUCAGUCUCAUUAUGAUGAGCCUCAAUUAAGGAAUCACAGGCUGGUGGAGCUGUUCAAGAACCUCCAGGAGAACAUCUGCACUCGUUACAGCACAGUGUCAGCUGCAGCAGAAAGGACUGAGAGGCAGAGAGAGCUGAAGGAGAGACGAGGAAACAUCCAGCAGAGAAUCCAGGACAGAGAGAAAGAUGUGAAGCUGCUUCAUCAGGAGGUGGAGGCCAUCAAUCACUCUGCUGAUAAAACAGUGGAGGACAGUGAGAAGAUCUUCACUGAGCUGAUCCGUCUCCUCCAGAAAAGAAGCUCUGAUGUGAAGCAGCAGAUCAGAUCCCAGCAGGAAACUGAAGUGAGUCGAGUCAAAGAUGUUCAGGAGAAGCUGGAGCAGGAGAUCAGUGAGCUGAAGAGGAAAGACGCUGAGCUGGAGCAGCUCUCACACACAGAGGAUCACAACCAGUUUCUCCUCAACUACCCCUCACUGCCAGCACUCAGGGAGUCGACACACUCAUCCAGCAUCAACAUCCGUCCUCUGAGACACUUUGAGGACGUGACAGCAGCUGUGUCAGAGCUCAGAGACAAACUACAGGACGUCCUGAGAGACUCAUGGACAAACAUCUCACUGAUGGUCACUGAGGUGGAUGUUCUACUGUCAGAACCAGAAUCAAAGAGCAGAGCUGAUUUCUUAAAGUAUUCAUGUGAAAUCACAAUGGAUCCAAACACAGCUAAUAACUAUCUGUUACUGUCAGAGGGAAAUAGAAAGGCAACAGUGAUGGAUGAACCUCAGUCUUAUUCUAGUCAUCCAGACAGAUUUACUGAUUACUGUCAGAUUCUGAGUAAAGAGAGUCUGACUGGACGUUGUUACUGGGAGGUACAGUGGAGCGGGAGAGUUUAUGUAGUAGUGGCUUACAAGAAUAUCAUCAGAGAAGGAGGUGACAGUAUAUUUGGAAGUAAUGAUCAAUCUUGGGCAUUAGACUUUGAACAGAACAUGUAUAUAUUCUGGCAUAACAACAUCAAAACCUCCAUCUCAGGUCCAGUUUCCUCCAGAGUCGGAGUGUACCUGGACCACAGAGCAGGUAUUCUGUCCUUCUACAGCGUCUCUGAAUCCAUGACUCUGAUCCACAGAGUCCAGACCAGAUUCACUGAGCCGCUUCAUGCUGGAGUUUGCUUUGUUUCUGAAACUGGAUUCUCUGCAGAGUUCUGUGAACUUAAGUAAACAAAAUUCAGCUAAAGUUCAAUUAGUUUUUUUUGUUUUUGUUUUGUUGCAAGCUUUUAAUUAAAACCAUUAA